AUGUGCACCUGGGGUGUUCUUCCUUCUUCGAGGAAUCUCCAUCCUGCAAGCUACGCAAGAAGCCAUGCUGCGCUCGUUCGUACAUGCCGCCGACUGUACCAAGCACUAAACCGUGCUCUCUAUUUGCGAAACUUGAAGCAAGAUCCAUUAACAGCGUCAUGUCUGCUAUGGGCAGUGAAUGUUGGCAACAUCGAUACGGUCAAACGAGCUCAUAUGUUUGGAGCAGCCCUCGAUAGCAGCAUCGAAGUGACUGCUGAAACUACGUAUUGCCCUCCGUGGGGAGUCAUUGAACCUGAUCCCGAAGAUUCACUCUAUCACCUUCCAUAUCAAUUCUCGUUCAUACAUGUCGCGAUACUGCGCAGGCACGUGGCCGUUGUCCAGUACCUGCUGGAAAACGGAGUUGAUGUCCACGCCCCGUCCUUGAAUUUCUGUUGCGGCGACUGGAAUUACAGCGAUGUCCCCUUGUUUCCAUUGCAUCAAUGCCUCUUCCAUGAUGGUAUUAACAGAGAAACAUCUGCUAUCGAAUGGGAACCACUUAAAGACGAACCCUCCUCUCUCACCAAUAACUCAACGCCGGCCUUGAUAAAUCUUCUUGUAAGCAAGGGCGCCUACUUGCUCGUCGAGGACCUUUCUGCGGUCUCGAAACUUUCUUCCGAAGGAUAUGACGACCUUGCUAAGCAACUUCUGAAUCGCUCCGAUGAGGUGUCCCUCUGGGCCGGACUGCAUUUUGCCGCUUCCACGAAUGACCUUCCCCUUGCAACUGACCUUAUACAACGCGGAGCAGAUGCCGCAGCUACUACCUAUGAUGGAGAGACUGCUUUGCAUUUCGCUGCCGAGUCGUGCAAGAAUGAUAUUGGUCUAAUCAAUCUCCUCCUACGACAACCAAACGUUGACCCGAGAGCCCGAGAUUUUUAUGAGGACACCCCAUUACAUUUUGCCUCCGGGGCUAGUAAUUCCGAAGUUGUUCGACUGCUUUUGCAACAGCCGAGUGUGUCGGUCAAUGGAGCCAGACGUGAUGGCCGAACCGCUCUCCAUCUUGCCUGCUUAGGUCCAUACACAGAUGCAUCAUUAGCAACGGUGCAGCAUCUUAUCGACGCAGGAGCCCCUCUUGAUGUAUUUGCAAGAAAUAUAGGCACUCCUCUACGUGAUGCACUCGAGCUAGAGGAAUUCAGAAUCGAUCAACUUAUCUGGGCUGGCCGCAAUCCAUGGCAGGUAAAGAUUCGCCCCCAACGGAUGUACGAUAUUCACGGCCGGGCCGUCGACUUUCCAAAAUCUGAGCCGAAACUUUUCCUAGAAAAAGAGAACAUAAUCUCGCUGCUCAUUGACAGCGGGGCCCAGCUGGGGCAAAUAGCAGGCUCGUCACCUCCCUGGUUGACCGCUCUAGGAUAUGCCUUUGCGGUUGAUCAAUUAGGAAAUACAGCACUUCUCGACCUACUGCUGAGACUAUCUACAUCAAGAAAUAUAGAGAAGCAGUUUUUAGACGAUUUUAUCGACAAGAGUACUAAGACGGCAGCUGAUUCACGAGUGAAACUACUCGCGUUUCGAGCCCGUCUGUUCUCAUGA